ACUUGUUCCCCUCAGGAUGAAUUGUAACACAUCCAUCCCUUGUGCUCUCCAUGCAACACUUAGAUCUCUUAAGAAACAUCUGCAAUGCGCUGACCAUCACCGAUAAACAAUCAUUUAGGGCGGUACUCACAUUCAGACAAACUCCUCCUCGUUCACUGAUAUAAAAGCAGGAGGCGAACAGAUCAGUAGGAACAGCUGCAGCACAGCAAUGGAGAAUCCACAAAGAAGCACAGAUGAUGGGCAGAAAAGAUCAUUUACAACAAAGUUUUCUCAAGUUUUCUUCAACACUGGUGGACAUUUUCGCUACAAAAUGUUUGGACAAGGUGGAGAUGGAUGCAACCGACUGGUUUUACUCUGCUUGGGUCUUCUCAAUGUUGUUCUGCUGAUAUUUGCGGUUGUUAUUGGGAUUAACUGUGCCAAAGUCACUGAGGGUUCCCUCCAGGCUUCACACUCAGCUGCAACACAGCUCAUCAAUGAUCUCAACUAUCUCCGCAGCAACUACAGCGAUGUGAUCAAAGCCGAAGAGGAGGCCAAGAACGCGUUAGAGAGAGCGCUCAAAAACCAUGCACAAAUAAAGGUGCAAAUUGAGAAGCAGAAGACCAUCAAUGACAAUUAUCACAGACAGUUUGAGGCACUGCGAACAGAGCAGAUAAGUCUGCAGUCCAACAUAUCGGCUUUGGAGGGAAGCUGUGGUAUAUGCCCCUCCGGAUGGACUCAUUUCAACUCAUCCUGCUAUUUCUUUUCUUCCACUGAGUCCUCUACUACUAAAAAGAACUGGUACGAUAGCAGAGCAGACUGUAUCAGACGUGGAGCCGACCUGGUUGUGAUCGAUAACCAGGAGGAGCAGAAAUUUGUGAGUCUCACCGCUGAACAUACUGAAGGCUAUAGAAAGAAGGGAUACUGGAUUGGUCUCACUGACACAGAGAUAGAGGGGCAAUGGGUCUGGAUUAAUAAUGUCACCGAGGUGGAACAAAAGUACUGGAUGGAUGGAGAACCAAAUGACCAUGGAUACCGGGGAGAAGACUGUGGUAUUACAGUUUAUAGCUCCGAUAAUCCCUGGAAGACCCGUUUUGAUGCAAAUUGCUACCGGCACAGAGAGGAUUGGCUAUGUGAAAUGUAGGGUUGUAACAGUAUGAGAAUCUUACGGUACGAUAACCGUCUGUUAUGGAAAUUGUGGUAUUAAAGGUUCACGUGCAUGUAA